ACGCAAGCAGCAGACUGAAUCACAAUCGUCUCGGUGUCUCUCGAGUAUCCAGCCACUCCUCGGCCUCGAGAACUCUGACGGACCUCUCCUCUUAUCCAAGGCUCCACCACCGCCAUGCCGCUCCUGCCGUUGCCGCCGUUGCCUCUAUCCUCCCACCGCCACAGCCUCCCCUUCCUCUCGCUCCCCUCCUCCGCCGGCCGCCCCCUCCGCCGCGGCGACCUCGUCAUCCGCAUGGGCGGCGGGCCCCGCACCUUCCCCGGCGGCGUCUCCAAGUGGCAGUGGAAGCGCAUGCAGGCCAGGAAGGCCAAGCAGCUCCUCAAGGCCCGCCUCGCCCGCGAGCGCCAGCUCUACGAGAUGCGCAAGCGCGCCGAGCUCCGCGAGGCCGUACUCCACCUCGAGCGUCCCUGGGACUCCGACCUAUCCCCCGUCUCCGCCACCGCGCUGGCGCCCAACCUCCUCUCCGUCGCCGCCGACGACCAGCUCAAGGGGCUAGCCGACCGCUUCCACCGGCCCGGCGGCGUAGACCUCUGGAACGACCGCGACGGGCCCCAGGUAUUCGCGUCCCCGGACACAGGCAAGACCUCUGCGCGCUUCUUCCCCAAGAACGCCGUCCACAGCGUCCAACCCUACGCGCGUCUCGGUGCCGGAGCCGAGGGCACGCACGGUGCUCGUGCGAAUGGCGCUGCCGAAGAUGUGUAUGGUGGCCGCGAGCCUACAGUCGAAUUGAUGGAAAGAGAUGGAAUGUGGGAGCCGGUGACUGCUUUGGAUGGUGAAGGUGAUAACAAUUCAGUCGACCGGAGUUGGAUUAAUGAUGAUGUUGAUUCAGACUCGGACGAGGAAGAAGAUGACUAUUUUGGUCACGAACAAGAAGCAGCGAGUGGAGUAGAUGGAAGGAGGAGUGGUGUAGCAAGGCCUGAAACUGCAAGCACUAAGACUGUUGGUAGGGAUAGGGGCAGAGAUUGGAGAGGCCAUGGUUCCUUUUCAGAUUCAGAAGGCGCAAGAAGAGGUCAUGUCGAUCAAAGAUGGCCAGACACAAGUAGCGGGAGUGGAAGGAAAGCUCCCACCGGAAGAUGGAAGCCUUCGAACGCCGAGGGCAGCAAUGCUGUCGGGAUGGACAGAAUGGGUGGUGGUUCUUUCUCCGAUUCUGGGAUGAGCCGCCGGAGUCGGAGAGCAAGGAAUAGGGAGCACACACUGGACACCACGAUGAAGUGGAAGCUCUCGUAUGAUAGCCAUGGCAAUGUGAUCAGAAAGGAACGCAUCAGCGGCAAGUUAGAUUCAAAUCCAGACAGUGGAAGCCGUGACAUGAUGGAACCAAAAUGGAGAGGACCAAACAGGUUUAACCCAAGUGAGAACCAAAGAGGUCGACCAGGGUCGAACUAUAGGCCUGAUGUCAACAGUGGAGAAAGGCCAAGAGGAUACAUGAGCCGCAACAGUGGUGGUAACGGCUUCGCCUCGGACCUGGAUGAGCCAACAUGGAAGCCAAGAGCAAAGAAGGAAGCUAGGAACAACGAUGGCAGCAAAGAGUACAAGGGUAACAUGAGCGGGGUAUUCAGGAGAGGUGGCAGUGGGGCGGCAAGACGGCUAGACGCUCAUCCUGGGAUGCACACCAACGGAGAAGAUGGCAGCGACCAUGAUAAUAGGCAGAGAAUCUGGGCGAGGCUCAGGGGAGAUGAAUACUCACUACGACCAACAUCAGAAUUGCACGGAUCUGUGGACAGUAAUGGGAGGCGGCAGUUCAGAAGGGACGGAUACUCGCUCCGGCCAACAUCAGAACUCAGAUAAAAUGUAGAGUAGCACGUUAAUGUAGUCCGUGUGUAUGCUAACCAAACGUUCAAUACUGCAAUCGUAAUGUACUUGUACUGAGAGCA